AUGUUGGGGGCUCUGGAAAUAACAGGUAGCCCUAAACAUGCAAAAGAUCAAGACCCUUUUCUGUCGCGCUACACCUCCAAAACCGAAUUCUUGUCCUACGUGCUGCUCUAUCUGGUGAAGAUGCCUUUCCCGCCUGUGACAAGACCACGGAGUCUUCCUAGCUCAGGCAAAGAGAAACUUUCAGGACCGUCACCUGUCAUUCUGGUCAAGACCGUGGAACAAAGAAGUUCUGUGAAGGAACGGUGCAAGAAAGCCACACCACACAAAAGUAAGCUACCUACCAGUCGAGCCCCUUCUGGCUUGAGGAUAGAGGGUAAAAGCACUUGGAUUAUGACUUCAAGACCCGCUGAUCCUUUGGGUUCCUCGACACCAACUUCUUCGAAAAGUACUUCUGGCAAUAGUACCUCUACAACCAAUUUGGCAACAACCUCCUCAGUGAAAUCCUCAAGCAAGAAGACGUUUCCUGUUUCUGCAACAAACAUUCCCACAAGCUCUUUUAGUCCACAGGCUUCAUCAGGAUCAGGCCAUGGACUGAAUAGUGAAUCUAACUUCUCUCUCAACUUGACUCCUGAGGCCACCUUGCUCCUGCAGAAACGUAGCCGUGAGAAGCAGCUCUGUGCCAUCCGCGGCAACAUAACAGCACCACACCAGAAAGACCGUCUGUCUGCCAAGCCAGGUUCUCGAUCCAACAUUCCACUUUUGAAGAUCUCUCUUCUAAACGAGCAUCACCGAUACGAUGACGUGGAAUAUGAGGAAGAUGAAGAGAGUGUGGAUCAGAGCGUCUUGCUGAAAUGUUCUGAGUGGCUACGAGGGGUCAAGAACGCUUCUGGAGCUACAGUCCUGGGUAGAGUGGACAAAAUCAGCUAG